AUGGCGCCAUACUUCGAAACGGUCAAGUCUUUCGCAGACGUUCCGUUUACACCUACUGGCAUCGAGACGCAGUCGUUCCUUGAGGCUUCGGAUGGACUGGUUCAAAUGUUCAACCUCUUAGGCUCUGGGGUGUUUGGAUUCGUGCAGGCCGACAUUAGAGGCAACAUAAGUGGCGUCCGCGGUAGAUACGACACUUUGAAAGAUGCAUCAGGAACCUUAGAGGCUCUGGUUCAUUCCGAGAGUACGGAAAGCCAUAAACACGCUAUCCCCUGCCUUGUCCGUCUUGUUCGCGGGCUCGCCUUUACGUGCAAAGCGCUGCAAAAUAUGCAAAACGAUAGACGCUCAGAACUGCAUGUCUGCUUCAAGAGAUCGUACGACGAGGUUCUGCGACACCACCACUCUUUCAUCAUCCGUUCCGUUGUGACUGUGAGUAUCCCGCCUUUCCUCGUGGAUCUCUUCGGUUAUUCGACCAUUCUCAACUACGGCGUCGCCAUUCGGGCCGUUCCUCAUCGAAAUGAUUUCUACGCCCGCAUUGCACAAGGAGGCUCCAUCGAGAAGCUUGACGCAGAGCUCGCGCGGUGGCUCGAAGGAUUGGACCGCCUAGUCAAGCACCUCGCCACCUUCCUCCUGGAGGGAGUCCCGCGACAUGACUCACGGGCGCUAACUAUCUUGAACUCCUACGAACACUACGCCCACAAGCAAUCCUCUCUCCCGCACCUCAGGCAACCUAACAAGCCCAUAAAUUUCUCAAUGUCGUCUCCUGCAAGCGGUAAUCCAUCAGCCCAACUUCCUGCUGUUGUUACGGUGACGCAUCCCGCGAACAAGGCCAGUUUCCGGGCGAUGGCGGUUCCUAAGGGCGAAAUUCGUAAGGCCAGAGAAAACAUAAAGACAACGUGCUCUUAUUGCGGCGAGAUUGGGUUGCAGAAGUGCGCAAGGUGCAAGAUCGCUUCCUACUGUUCAAGAGAGUGUCAGCGAAAGGAUUGGCCAGACCACAAGAAGAAUUGUACGGAGAUGACCUCAAUAACUCCUCGAAUGGUCAAUAGCCUCAUCGCAAAUCAGACAUUAAAUUUGUUUCUUCAAGUAGCCCUCGUCCUCAUGUUUAAUAUUGCAACACCACCUGCUAAUCCGAAGUCCCAACACGAUAUGGGAAGUGGGAGUUCUUCCGACAUCGCUGCUCAGAUGCAAAGCCUAUCUCUCGGGAUUACGGAGGCUAUUCCGAACCCAGGAAAUUGGGAUGAGGUUCCUUUCAUUGCCAAAUGCAAAGUCGAGGUACGACCGUCUGAUUUCAGCAACUUCGUCAAACUAGUGAGUGGGCAGCUCACCGAAGCCGAGCUGGGAUCAAUCGAGGGAAUGCUGCAACUUUCGGACUUGGUCCCGUCCGAGUUCUCCAACCCCCCAAUUCCGCUACCGUCUUCUCCAUUAUCGACCCGAGUGCCGAAUACUCCUCCUUAUCAGGGGAAAACAAGACUUGAGCCGUGGGGGAAGACAAAGGAGCUCCGCGAUCGACGUCUGGCUGACAGCCCAUCCACGCCUAAGCUUCCCAUUUGUCUCCUAGAUUUUUCCCUGCCGGACGCUACUCAGCUAAUCACGGCUGCAAUACCCAUCGAACAAGUUGCAAUUCAUUGGGUCAAGCAGGGGCAAGGAUCCACGUUUGAGUCGGCAAUUCUGCCCAUCAAAAAAGAGAUCCCGCUGUCGAUUGAUUUGUGCCUCGAACUCAUCAACACCCAUAUCCGUGAUGACAAGAAGAACCAACUCCGAUUGCGCACAACGAUGACGAAACAAUUGAUCGAAAUCUUGCUCAAUAGGUUUCGUGUGGGCGAGGGCCGCGAGGCGACUGACGUCUAA